ACAACUUGGAGUGACUGUUGUCAAUCUUUAAGUGAACAAAAAUGAGUGGAGAAAGCACCAUCAUAGACCUCACUUAGAGCUUGUCUCAUAACCACUACCAUCCAAGUUUUCGUUCAUCCCUCCUAUCUUCUCGUAUGGCCACUCUCACUAUCGCCCGUGCCUAUCAGCAUGCAUACCACACUCACCCGAAUUACACUCUCGCUGUCACUGGUGGAACCUUGAAUGCUCUCGGCGACAUCGUUGCCCAGAUUUCGCAAAAUGUUCUCGUGAAAGAUCACGAGCCCAGACCUGGUUGGGAUCCCGCACGCACUCUGCGUUUCUUUUGUCUUGGAAGCGGCAUGAGCCCUCUACUCGGGAGAUGGAAUUUAUUCCUAGAACGACGAUUCCCUCUUCGAGCGCGGAGAAGUCAACCCCGCGUUAGCUUCAGAGCUCUUUCAAAACGUGUGGCUGCCGACCAGCUAAUAAUGGCACCGAUUGGGCUCGUGAUGUUUAUAGGCUCCAUGGGUGUGAUGGAAUGGCGAAGUCCCAGGCAAAUCCACGAAAAAUAUACUGAUAUGUUUGCUCCCGCUCUUCUCACCAACUGGAAGGUUUGGCCUGUAGCACAAAUGAUUAAUUUCCGAUAUAUGCCGCUGCCGUAUAGAAUACCUUUCCAGUCCGCCUGUGGUGUCUUCUGGACGUUGUACUUGUCCAUAUUGAAUGCCAAGGAGGACGAAAGGCAAGAUAGAGAGGCAGCACUACAAGGAACAGUCCGUUAGACGAUCAUUUCUCUUUCAUAAAAUAUUCUUCAAUCUGGUCAUCGGUAAACCUCGGGUAAUAUCACAUUCACGAUUUGGUUGUAGCUCAUAGAUCUAUCUCAUUUUACCAUGUUUUAUAUCUGACUCAAU